CGGCUGCCGCAGCCCAAGCGGGACUCCGCGGGCCUGGAGCGCAGCGAGGUCUAAUAUGCCCAGAGCUGAGGCGCGAUGAAGGAGAAGUCCAAAAAUGCGGCUAAAACCAGGAGGGAGAAGGAAAAUGGCGAGUUUUACGAGCUGGCCAAGCUGCUCCCGCUGCCUUCGGCCAUCACCUCGCAGCUGGACAAAGCGUCCAUCAUCCGACUCACCACCAGCUACCUGAAGAUGCGCGCGGUCUUCCCGGAAGGUCUAGGAGACGCAUGGGGACAGCCGAGCCGAGCAGGGCCUCUGGACAGCGUGGCUAAAGAGCUGGGAUCCCAUUUGCUGCAGACUCUAGAUGGAUUUGUGUUUGUGGUGGCCUCUGAUGGCAAAAUCAUGUAUAUAUCUGAGACUGCUUCUGUCCAUCUAGGCUUGUCCCAGGUGGAGCUCACAGGCAACAGUAUUUAUGAAUACAUACAUCCUUCUGACCACGACGAGAUGACAGCAGUACUUACGGCCCACCCGCCGCUCCACCAUCACCUGCUCCAAGAGUACGAGAUAGAACGGUCUUUCUUUCUCCGAAUGAAGUGCGUCUUGGCAAAAAGAAACGCAGGCCUGACAUGCAGUGGAUACAAGGUCAUUCACUGCAGUGGCUACUUAAAGAUCAGGCAGUACAUGCUGGACAUGUCCCUGUACGACUCCUGCUACCAGAUCGUGGGGCUGGUGGCCGUGGGCCAGUCGCUGCCACCCAGCGCCAUCACAGAGAUCAAACUCCACAGUAACAUGUUCAUGUUCAGAGCAAGCCUCGACCUGAAGCUCAUAUUCCUGGACUCCAGGGUGACAGAGCUCACGGGCUACGAGCCACAAGACCUGAUCGAGAAGACGCUGUACCAUCAUGUGCAUGGCUGUGACACCUUCCACCUCCGAUAUGCACACCACCUCUUGCUCGUGAAGGGCCAGGUCACCACCAAAUACUAUCGGCUGCUGUCCAAGCUAGGCGGCUGGGUCUGGGUGCAGAGCUACGCCACCGUGGUGCACAACAGCCGCUCCUCCCGGCCUCACUGCAUCGUGAGCGUCAAUUACGUCCUCACGGAUGUUGAAUACAAGGAACUUCAGCUGUCUCUGGACCAGGUUUCCACCUCUAAGUCGCAGGAGUCCUGGAGAACCACCUUGUCUACCUCACAAGAAACUAGGAAAUCAGCUAAACCCAAAAACACAAGGAUGAAGACAAAGCUAAGAACCAACCCGUACCCGGCUCAGCAAUACAGCUCAUUCCAAAUGGACAAACUGGAGUGCAGCCAGAUGGGAAACUGGAGAACUAGUCCCCCCACAAAUGCCGUGGGUCCCCCGGAACAGCAGCUCCAUUCAGAAGCCAGCGACCUCUUAUAUGGGCCGCCCUACAGCCUCCCCUUCUCCUACCAUUAUGGACACUUCCCACUGGACUCUCACGUCUUCAGCAGUAAGAAGCCAGGAUUGCCCGCCAAGUUCGGGCAGCCCCAAGGAUCCCCGUGUGAGGUGGCACGCUUUUUCCUGAGCACGCUGCCAGCCAGCAGUGAGUGCCAAUGGCAUUAUGCCAACUCUCUGGUGCCCAGCAGCCCAUCGCCAGCUAAAAACUUUUCUGAGCCUCCUGUGAAUGCUGCCCGGCAUGGACUUGUGCCAAACUAUGAAGCGCCUGCAGCCACCGCGCGCAGGUUCGCCGAGGACCCUGCGCCCCCAAGCUUCCCGAGCUGCGGCCACUACCGCGAGGAGCCGGCGCUGGGCCCCGCCAAGGCGGCUCGCCAGGCUUCCCGGGACGCAGCGCGGCUGGCGCUGGCCCGAGCGCCCCCCGAGUGCUGCGCGCCGCCGGCCCCCGAGCCACAGGCGCCGGCGCAGCUGCCCUUCGUGCUGCUCAACUACCACCGGGUGCUGGCGCGCCGCGGGCCGCUGGGGAGCGCUACCGCCGGAGCCCCCGAGGCGGCCGGCUCGCUGCGGCCCCGACACCCCGGCCCCGUCGCAGCCUCUGCGCCCGGCGCGCCCCGGCCGCACUACUUGGGCGCCUCGGUCAUCAUCACCAACGGCAGGUGA